UAGAAGCAAGACUUUGCAGAGCAUAAAAUUCAGAUAAAGCAGGGCACCAAGAAAGAAAGCACCAGCUUCCACAAGGGGCCUGGAACCUUCUCCUUCCUUCCUCUGAUCUGCACCUGCCAUUGGUAGGAUUCUCCAUGCCCGAAGAAGCCUCUGCUAUGACUGUGCCUGAAGAUUAAUAGGAAAAAUAUUCAGAUGACCACUUUGGAGCUUUGCUGAUAAUCUGCUGCCUGGCCUCCUCUCUUCCUCAGUGCUUCAAAGGGAAGAAGCCUCCCUCUUAGAGAUUUACUUUCCACCCAAGAAAGAAUUGGACCCCAACACCAUGGUCGUUAAAGACAGCAGGGAUACUGGGGACACUCGGUUUGGGGUGCUCCUGGAGCCCUUUGUCCACCAGGUUGGUGGGCAUGUAAGCAUGAUGAAAUAUGAUGAGAACACCAUCUGCAAACCCCUCAUCUCUCAGGAACAGAGGUUCUAUGAGUCCCUGCCUUUGGCCAUGAAACAGUUCACCCCGCAGUAUAAAGGCACUGUUACUGUGCAUCUCCGGAAAGACAGCCGGGGUCAUCUCAGUCUGGUUGCCAGUCCACUAACAGAUAACCGUGGGCCCUAUGAUGUAUCACCUGAGUCAUCGGUGAUGUUAUGGCAGAAGCUGCAGAAGAACAGCAGUGGCCCUGGCAAUGACCACCCCCUUGUUCAGUGGAAGCAUACACAGCUGACACAGUCUCUGAAGGAAAGCUGUCCAGGCAAAACGCUCCUGAGGACCGAAUUCCAUGUGUCCUCUUUUAUGGAAGACACAAAUGGCAACCAGGCAGAGAAGAGGGGCUGCAACCCUUGGAGACUGCACUGCCAUAAAGAACACCUAACCCGGAUGUACUCUGAGUACCAAGAGAAUAAAAUGCAUCGGUUUUUGCUGCUUGAAAACGUGGUGUCAAAGUACAAGUAUCCUUGCAUUCUGGAUCUGAAGAUGGGCACGAGGCAACAUGGAGAUGAUGCCUCCGAGGAGAAGAAAGCCCGCCACAUAAAGAAAUGUGAACAAAGUACCUCCGCUUCGCUUGGGGUUCGCAUCUGUGGCAUGCAGGUUUAUCAAGCUGAUUCAAAUUACUUUCUCUGCAAAGACAAAUAUUAUGGAAGAAAACUUUCAAUUGAUGGGUUCAGGCAGACUCUCUAUCAGUUCCUGCACAACGGCAUUCACCUUCGAACAGACCUUCUGGAACCCAUCCUCUUCCAACUCAAGGCUCUCCUUUCAGUCAUUAAGAACCAGAGUUCCUAUCGGUUCUACUCCAGUUCUCUCCUCAUUAUCUAUGAUGGACAAAUGCCCCCAGAAAGAACCACAGGCAGCCAUCUUCAGGGGUGUUUGCAGAAGACAAACUGCUCCUCUCCAGAAGAGCUCUCCAAAGUUGAUAUCCGCAUGAUAGACUUUGCACAUACAACUUACAAGGGCUCCCGGUACAAUCACCCCAUCUAUGAUGGACCAGAUCACGGGUAUAUUUUUGGUCUAGAAAAUCUCAUCCAGAUCCUUCAGGCUAUCUCAGAAGUUGAAUGACAUAUGAUGAGACUGCAAGGACUUUGCUGGGGUACAGUUCUCAAAAGGGACCUACUUGUAGCAAGGGUAGGCUAUGCCCCUCCCCCCACAGCUUUUUAACCACCCUGUUUGCUUAUAAAGGUUGUUUGGAAGAAGAGCCCAAGAAGCUUCCUAUAUAAGGCAAGAGACUUUUAUGGGAAAUGCCACUAAAGAAACUAGGUGCACAGAAAACCCAUGUUGAAAUAAUUCCACAUACUCUUGAAUCACAUCAUAAGGCUAUUAGCAUGAAAGUAGGCACCCAAGUGACACAAUGGAUAUAGUGCUGGGCAUGAAGUCAGAAAGACUCAUUUUCCUGAAUUCAAAUUUGGUCUCAGACACUUAGUAGCCAUGUGACU